ACUGAAAAGUAUUUUAUAAAAUAUUUAAAUAGGAAUAAUUUAAAGAUUCAUAACGUUAUGUUAGCAUUUAAUAUAACAUUAAAAUGAGAAGAUGCAAAAAAAUAAGAUAAUUUUUAAUAGAUCAUCUGAAGAAUGCAAGAAAUUCUUAUGUGACUCAGUAUAUUAUAAGAAAUGUGAAGCAUGUAUUCAUAAUAGUGGUAUGAGCAUAAAGAAUAGAAAUGAACUGAAAAAAUGUAAUUCCAGAUGUUCCCCAAAUGAAUUUAUAUGUAAACUAUUUAAUUAUCUCCCAAUCUCAUUGUAUAAUAAGGUUAUGACAAGUUUUAUUAAAUUAAUAAGAAUAUAUGAACUUUUUAUAUUACAAUUUACUGUUGUAAUGGCAAACCAAGAAGAAACAGGAAAAAACAAUAACAUAAUAAACAGCAUAAAGGAAUAUCCAAGUAUGGUUUGGAAUAAAUAUACAGAGCUAUUGGAAAAAAUAUGUAAUGGAAUUGGACUAGAGAACAAAUAUAAUGAAGAAUAUAUAGCAAUUCCCGUUGCCGUUUUUGCUAUUGUUUUGUUUUUUUGUAUCAUUUGUCUUAUUUGUUAUAUGUGCUGUUGUAAGAAAUCGUGUUGUAAAAAGAAAGAAUCUGAUAAUUCGGAUGUAGAUUGUGAGCAGUUUAUUAUGGGACCAAGUGAACAAAUGUAUAACGCAAUGUACCAAGGGCAAAUGAUGCAACCUCAGAUGAUUUCUGGGGGGAUGGCAUUCCCACAGAUGUACCCCCAGAUGUACUACCAGCAGAUGUAUUAGUGACCAGGAAUUUAAGG